CGUCGAGGACCCACUUAGUUACGGUUCGACUAUGGGCCGCGCGGCGUCCAGCUUCAACGUGACAAGAGUUUGGAAACUGUGAAAAAGAUGUUCUUAACGCCUACCAUCCUGCUGUGGACGGUUGUGGUAGGACUGGUGGCAUUCCGGUGCUACCGGUACCUGUUUGGACGGCCACCCAACUUCCCCAAGGGACCUCCCAGACUACCUUUGCUGGGCGGUUACGGAAUCAUGCUGAUGAUCAACUACAAGCACCUGCACAAGGCCGCCGCUUGGCUCAGUAAAUUCUACAAGACCAACAUUGUCGGACUACACCUCGGAGAGUACGAAACGAUCCUGGUGAACGAUUUCGACACCGUGAAGGAAGUGCUGAACCGAGUAGAGUUCGACAAUCGGCCGGACCUCUUCCUGGCGCGGAUGCGCGAGAAGAACUUCCAGCGGCGAGGAAUCUUCUUCACCGACGGCCCAGACUGGAAGGAGCAACGGUGGUUCAUUCUGCGCUACCUCCGAGAUUACGGAUUCGGUCGCCGGUUCGACGAACUGGAAGCGGAAACCUGCUCCGAGAUCCGAAACUUGAUCGAGAUGGUACGGUACGGGGCCAAGUACGACCACGAACGGGAAUUCAUCGAUCGGGAUGGGUUUGUCAAGUGCCCGAAUGUUCUGUUUGGAUGCUUUGCCAAUGCAUUUCUGCACGUGCUGUCCGGAGAGCGGAUGGACCGCGCGGAAGCUGCACCCUUGUUCGAAACCGGCAGGCACGCGAUGGUAUUUCAGCGGCUUGGCGAUGACUACGGCACCGUGCUGAGCCUAAUCCCGUGGCUCCGACAUCUGUUCCCCAACGGUACCCACUACAACCAAAUCCGGAAGGCCAGUAUGGGCGUCAACGCGUUCAUCGAGACCGUAAUCCAGAAAAAUCUGGCCAGCUACGAGGAUGGCCACGCGCGUUGCUUCCUAGAUCUGUACUUCCAGGAGAUGAAGAAUACCGAGCCCAAGGAAAAUGGAUUUGGGUUUCAGUAUGAUCAACUGGUCCUGGGCGUGGUGGACUUUUUCUUCCCGGCCAUUUCCGGAGCAACGACCCAGAUGGCAAUGCUGUUCGAGCGUCUCCUACUCAACCCGGAAGUGCUAGCCAAGAUGCAAGCUGAGAUUGACGACGUCGUGGGCCACGGUCGACUACCCUCGCUGGAUGACCGUAUCAACCUGCCGUACACGGAAGCAACUCUCCGCGAAGCCAUGCGAAUCGAUACGCUCGUUCCGUCCGGAAUCGCCCACGUUGCCCAACAAGACACGACCCUCCGAGGUUAUGACAUCCCGAAGGGAACGAUACUGAUGCUUGGACUCGACGCCAUGCACAACCAGCAGGACGUUUGGGGCGAUCCGGACGUGUUCCGACCGGAACGCUUCCUGGACUCGAAAGGACGACUCGUGCUGGCCAAGGAUGUUUCCGUACCGUUUGGAGCCGGCAAGCGACUCUGUGCGGGGGAAACGUUCGCGCGGAAUACGUUGUUCUUGGUGCUGGCAGGUCUCGUUCAGAACUUCAACCUGCGACAGCGACCAACGGACAAGAAACCCGAUCUGGGGGCAAGGUCGACGGGGGUCAUCAUCUCGCCGGCGGAUUUCUGGGUGAAAUUUGAACCGCGAUGAAAAGUUAUUUAAGUUAUAGGAAGCACUGUCGAUAAUGAUUAAUUAUUCAUAAGUAGUUAUUUACUAAACGUAGAAUUUCGUUUAACAAACACGUAUAAAUAAACUCUUAAUGCAAUGGUUAGGUGUAGAUCAUGA